AUUGCUACCAAAACACAACCCUGACGUAAAUAUCACAUUUUGAUUGGAAAAUUAUUAAAAUCGAGUAUUUCGGAAAGUAUCUAAGCGUAUAUCAAGCUAAUUGCCGAGUAUCGCCAGCAAACAACAACCUCGGAAUCGAAAUUGAACCUUCCAGACAUGGGCUUUGACCUCAACAGCAUUGUGGGUUUUGUGGACGAGGAGCUGAUCUGUCCGAUUUGCGCUGACGUCCUGGAAGAUCCUGUGCAAUCUGCGGGAUGUGAGCACGCCUACUGCCGCGCCUGCAUCGACAAGUGGUUGCUGCAGAAGCAGACUUGCCCGGUGGACCGCUCCGCCCUUGUGGCCGCCCAACUGGUUCCGGUGUCCCGGCUAAUGCGCAACAUGCUCUCCCGUCUGAAGAUCAAGUGCACCUUUUCCCCAAACGGGUGUCCUCAGAUGCUGGCCCUUGAGGACUUCCGCACUCACGUGGCCGCCUGCGAACACAAUCCCAAGGUGGUCGUCCUGUGCAACAAUGGCUGCGGGAUGAAGGUGCCCAAGGACGAGCUGGCACGUCACAAUUGUGUGUUUGAGCUGCGCGAGCUGGUGCACCAGCAGAUCAAGGAGAUCUCCGAGCUGAAGGAGAGGCAGAUCAACGAGGAACUGCUCGUGGUGAGCCAGCGCCGGGAGCUGGAGCUGCUGCAGUACUACAUUGCGGCGCUGCGGUCCACCAAUCCGGUGCUGCGGAACAUUGGCGAGCAGCUGGACCGCUUCUCGCUGAUGCAGUGGGGCAAUGGCCUGCCGCUGGCCACCGUCCACACUUGGGGCAGCCUGAUCUCCACGCCGGACACAGCCAUGCAUGUGAUGGUGCGCGACGGACUGCGCUCCUGCGGCUGCCCGAUGCACAUGCUCAACUUGAUGGUGGACCGCUGCCACGAGGACCGCUGGCCCGAGGGCCUGGUGACCCUGGACGUCCGGCGGGAGAACCACCACCGCAUGAGCCAGUAUGUGACCCGCCUGGUCCCGCCACUGGCCAGCGGCAAGCCGUGCGUGGUGGUCCUGGGCAGCGACAACACCCACAUGCCGGAGAAUCUGCGCCCCAGCCUCGGACUGGUCAUGAUCUUCGUCGACGGCGUGGAUGAGGUGCAGCAGGAGCCGCUCCCAGACAUCGAGUUAUCCUAAUCACAUCCGUAUAUUUCACAUCUAAAUUCACUUUGGUAACACGAAACACACAAUCCACAAUGGCAACCCAUUUCCCACGUAGUUGCCUUGGCCGUUUUGCUUUUAAUAUCUAAAAAUUACACGAUAUACGUAAGUUCAUCAUCUGUCCAACGGCUAUCAGUUGGUAUUUCUCGUCUACAGGAAAAUACACUUAUUUUAAACAGA